AUGUCUCAAUAUGGGGCUGGCCAAAAUGAGAUUGGUCAUCACUCUGAGAAUCAAUCAUAUACUGCCUCGAGUGUCUCUCCAAGGCCUGCUUUGGAGACCUGGAACUACCCAAAGUCCAACAUAAUCAAAGUAUUCGCCACGUUUUGGAGCUUUGUCAUGAUGGGAGCAAAUGAUUCCGCCUACGGAAUCGAAUCGCAUUACAACCUGACCUAUCUGGUCGUGUCGCUUGUAUUUCUCUCGCCAUUGGCUGGCUAUGCCCUCGCUGCGGUAUUUGCCAAUCGGUUACUAGUAAAGUUCGGCCAGCGUGGAAUGGCGAUAAUUUCUCCAGGCUGUCACCUCAUUGCAUAUAUCAUCAAUUGCGUUCAACCGCCAUACCCUGUGCUAGUCGUGUCUUUUAUAUUUGCUGGUCUAGGAAAUGGUCUAGCAGACUCCGCUUGGAAUGCUUGGAUAGGUGACAUGAAGAAUUCAAGUCAGAUCCUGGGCGUACUUCAUGGAUUCUAUGGCAUCGGUGCGGUUCUGAGCCCUUUGAUUGCGUCGUUUAUGAUCGCUGAUUCCGGCCUUCCUUGGAACUAUUUUUACUAUAUAAUGGUUGGCGGUGCAGCGAUCGAGGUAUAUUGGUGUAUGUUUGCAUUCUGGGAAGCAAGAGGACAGAAGUCGGGCACUCCGGAUGAGCUGGAAAACGUUAAUGAGAAAAUUCCUGGGUUGCGAGAAGUACUCUUCAAGAAACCCUCUGCCAGAAUUACAUGGAUCGGCGCAGUUUUUCUCCUGGGAUAUAUGGGAUUAGAGGUUGCUUUGAGUGGCUGGAUAGUGACUUUCAUGAGAGAGAUCAGGCAUGGCGAGUCAUUUUCUAGUAGUAUGACAUCGACAGGCUUUUGGCUGGGUAUUACAUUUGGCAGAGUUGUUCUUGGCUUUGUGUCGCCUUUGAUUGGUGAACAGCUUUCAAUCACGAUUUACCUUUUGCUGGAGAUCAUUUUCUGUCUGAUCAUUUAUCUUGUCCCUGAUUUUUAUGCCGGGGCCGUAGCCGUUUCAUUGCAGGGAUUCUUUCUGGGGCCGAUGUUUCCAGCCGUCGUUGUCGUCGCCACCAAGCUUCUGCCAACCAGGCUUCAUGUCACUUCUAUUGCCUUCAUGGCUGCAUUUGGCGGAGGCGGAGCGGCUGUCUUACCAUUUGCUGUAGGUGCUAUUGCUCAAGCAAAGGGCGUGGAAGUCCUUUUACCUUUCGUCCUAGCUCUUUCCGGCGCCCUUAUCUUGCUUUGGCAAGGCAUACCACGGAUCCCUAGGCCGCAACGCGAACAUUCCGAGACCGAUAGUCGGAUAAAAAAUCCAGAAACCAAUGCGUCAUCCAUCUUGCCGAGAAUAGGUGGAGUCGCAGACAUCGAGACUGGACAUGAGAAAUAA